CAAUUCGUUGACUUGAAGUUCCGUUGAUUUCUAGAUAACUUGUUGUUCCUUUGGUUUUUGUUGGCUUCGCUGAUUCUUGAUCCAUCCGUUGAUUUUUUUGUUCCGAUAGAACUUUUUGUUGACGUGUUUUUUGCUGGAUUGUUGCUCCGUAUCAUGCGAUGUUGACCUUGAAAUAUGUUUCUUGUCCUUUUUGUAAAUUUGUUUUUCGAACUGGUGAACUUUCUACGUUCUGCAAUUAAGAUAACGUUGCUUGGCGAUUUUUCUUGAAGAUUGUUUAUUUGUUUGUUGUCCGUUUGAGUUGAUCUAUUCUGACUUGUCAUUUCAAUCAAACACUUUGGACUGUUUUCAAACAUCAAUCCCGGUAGUUGGCUCCUUGCCUUCUGCUGAUUCUUUAUCCUUAUAUCCAUCAAUUCACUUGAUGUUGAUUCGUUGAUUGUUUGAUUAGUACAUUUUCGUACUAUGUUCAAAUUAUAUUGAACGUUUUUGACAUCUGACUCCCCAAGGAGGCCAAUUUUUGCACUCCAUUUUAACAGGGCACUCAGGUCUUUUAUAAGAGAAGAGGAUAUAUUUCCAUCUUCUAUAGAAUAAUUGAGUCUUGUUUUUAGAUCAAGAAGUCUUUUUAAUAAAAUUUGUUGGAACUGUGGUUCCAUAUUUACGAACUGGUACAUUUUUUCCAGUCGUUUUCCUUCACUUCACUUCUACUCUUCUCUUUUGAUUCUCACUGAGUCAUCCUCUUGAUGCGACGUAUGGCGGGAUGGCUCUCAAAUCAAUUAAGUUGCUAGUCGUGGUGGUCCUCGUCGAGUACUGCUCCUCAGGUUCCUCUGUUGGCGGUGUCCUCAAUUCCGAUGUUCCGAUGAUGCUCGAAUACUCCGGUGACGUUCGGGAUUAAUUCCGUAUCUGUCCGGGAACACACUUCGCGAAUGGUUAUUAAUCACACGCAUGCACUAUUUGAUUCUGCUCUGAGGUUGAUCGACGCCGACCGGCUGCGCCAAUUAUAAUUAAAGACAGUUUGGGUCUUUAAGCAUUUUUAUUUGAGCCGUGUUCGCUCCGCUUAAGAGGUAGUUACAGACUGGUGGCUUAUUUCUAAAACUUAUCCUAGCUAGCUAGUUGGAAGGAUUUUAGGUAGACAAAUCCUUCCUAGCCAGGUGAGCCUAAAUCAACAAGCUUGGGCUUGUUGGGAAAGAGCAACAGAGAGUCCGAUAAUGAUCAUGUUAUCGGGCUCGGUUUGUUGGUGAAAGGAAAACAGAGAGUCCGAUAAUGAUCGUGUUAUCGGACUUGCUUCGGAACUGUAACUGUCGGGUUACCACCGGCUCACGAGCGCUACCGAGACUCCCUCAUGUAGCCUCAGGGUCGGCAUGCCUGCGGUCCUGAAUCGCGGUAAGCUGGGAAAUGCGUCGGAAUCCAGUGAAAACUCCACAAUCUUGGUUGAACUCUUUCUAUUUUUCCUCCCACUUUCUUAUGGCUAUCUGACCUUCUUUUCCUUCCUUCUUCUCGGGGCCCCGUAUUCCGACUCAGCUUCCGGUGACGCCGCUUCCUCUCCUUCUGUUGUGGUUGCUGCUACUCGCCGCAGCUCCGGCGCUCGCCGUCUCGUGGCGCAGCCUCCGGGGUUGGUGUACUGGAUGGCGUACUCGACUGGCUGCGGUCGUUAACGGUUCCUCCUCGUUACUCACUGGUCGGCCUGCUCUCCGUCGUGGAUGGUUGCGUCCUACGACCUUCGGAGCACCAUCGAGGGUGUCCGGAAUACCCGGAUGAGGAGCAGGCUCGACACGGGUCCACGUCCGGUUGCGGACUGGGUUUUUGGCGUACGAAGUACGAGGGGUCCUGAUGUCCUCCAGCUCCUUCCUGGUUCUAGCUGGGACACUUCUAACGGUACUGGUUACCGUGCACUCGUUCACUUUGAACUUUGCGUAGCAGCGGAGUUGUAGCGUUCCGACUGCUCGCUCUAACGUUGUCCGGGCAAUAGGACGAAUCUCGGGAAGUCCUGGACGGUUGUCGUUCUACGUCCUUCCCCUCCUCUUUCCGCGCCUUUUCCUUGACCUUCCAACCUACCGUCAUGUCACCUCUCUACCGCCCACUGCCGACGAGGUCCUCUGGUGGUCGGUUUUGGAAGCUUCUGCUGGCUGCGUUCUUGGUGGACGUCACUUGCUGGGUCGUUUACCGGAGACAAAACACUUGACACGCGAACACUUCCCAACUUUUACAUUAAACGGAAAACAAAUCGCGUAAAUCGCGGUAACCUUCACGAGUGAGGUUCCGAACGGUUACAGAACAUAAUUUGUCAGCAUCUUGCUCGCGUUUUAAUGUGCCAGUUCCACAUGGACACAUUCGUGAGUUCUAUUUAAAGGAACUCCACGUGUUGGCGUCGAUGAAAUCGUAGUCAAAAUCCGUUGCUAUGCUCCCCGGCUUCGUUCCGGGAAAAAUCCGAGCUCCCAUCGGAAGAAUUCGUCUCGAUAUGAUUCCUGUGGAUAUGAAAGCAGAAUGUUAUUUAUUUUGAAUAGAUAGAAACUACCCCAGUUCAAUUUACUUACCUAGAUUAGGCGGUGCAGGAAAAUAAUGCAUCUCCAUCAACGUCAGAAAAAGUAAACUUGUUUGAACAAGUUCAAUGACAAAAUGGUAAUGGCGGCAACCACAUUCGCCACAAAGCGAUUUGGCGAAAAUGACAUCAUUUUCGACAGAUUUUGCUCUGUCAGAAUAUUCUCACAAAAUUCUAACACAAUUCUUACAGGUUUCGCUCUUUGAGAAAUUCUUGCCAAAUUCUAACUGAAAUCUGGCAGGCCUGCUAGAAUCAUUCUAGCAGGAUUCUAACAGAGCAACUUCUGCUAGAAAUUUCCGUGACCGGGUAGCUGAUUCUACUACCACAUAACCGCCAAAAUAACGUAAACGCCACGAGGCAUAAGAUUAAAUGAAGUUUUUUUUUCAGAACCUUUGUUUUCUUAUAAUAUUUGGAAAGUACAAAAUAAGGCUUAGGGUUCGUUUUAAGGCUCAUUUUAUCAAAAUGCAAUUUUUCCUGGAUCAGUAGUGUCCCUACCAAUGAUUUGCCCUAUUAUAAAGUAUGUUUUAUCAUUUCGUUGUUUUUGUUGAAAGCUUUUAAAAAACCUUGUUUAACCUUCCUACGGUAUUGGGGUCCUUUUCGGCCUUUUUGAAAAUUAAAUUUGCAAUAACUUUUGCUAUAUACAUGUUAGAGCCUUGAAAUUUUCUGACAUUAAAUUUAUAGUAUAAAAACACAUUUCACUAAACAAAUAAACCUCGGACGACCCCUAGGGGAGCAUCCAUAACAAAAGUUACUUUAAAGGUAUUGGGGUUCUUUUCGACCCCAAACUUUAAAAAAUCGUCAAAUAUCCAGUUUUGACCGAUUCCGGCAGGCCCGUAGCCAGGGGGAGGGGGGCUACCAGGCUGCAGCCCCCCCCCCCCCGAAAUUUUUCACUUUUUUUAAAAUUGUACUACCUUCAAAAAUCUCAAAUCAAUGAUUGUGUGUUCUCUUCCCAGAAAUAAUUUGUAAGAUAGAGAAUUAAGAAUUGAUUGAUCAAACUAAGUAAUUUGCCUGUCCAUUGCCGGGCUCAAUUUUUGUAGAUUAUGGAUCCAAUAUUUAAAAAUUGAGCUGCAGAUUUGAACAUUGUUCCAUUCAGUAACAUCUCAUUUAUCUUGUAGUUUUAACAUUACAUUUGUUAGGAUAGUCCAAAUCUGGGCUUACUUGGGGCUAUCCCCUGAAAUCAAAGAUUUACGCAUCACUAGCCUAAGUUCCAAAAUUUGAGCUUUUUCUGACCACUGACCACCAAGUUUCAGCAAAAUCGUCAAAUUGUAUGGAGAAAAGCAACUGUUUCAGUUUUUGACCAAUGGAAGGCGCGAAAACUAUCCAGUUCUUACCAAUUUUCAGAACUAAUAUCUUCUUUAAAUUUGGAAAAACUUUCCCGAAGACACCUUAUUUUUUUGGGUUUUUUGCUAAAAAGUUAUUAACUUUCGAAAAUAGCAAUUUCCGAGCGGACUUCUCUAAGGGGCUACAUAGAAAUAAUUACCGUCAUCUGGGGCGAAUCGGGACUACAGUCUAAAUAGGGACAGCAAAAAUCCUUAGAUCUUGUUGUCUUAUUUUUGAUUGUAGAGCUUAAGUAUGACCCCUGAAGAACCAUAAAAUAAUUUAGAAUUUUUGGAUUCAAUGUGGCGGCCAAAAUGGAGGUCAAGAAAUAUUUCUGGUGUUUUUUUUAAAGGUCCAAUAAGGCCGAUGCAAAUAUUUAAAAAAGUUUUUGUCCCUCGGCCCUGGCCGAGGUCAAGGUGGGGACAAAAAAAUAAAAAAAUAUAAAAAUUUAAAUAACAAGCCAUAGUCUUCACAUUUAAAUGAAAAAAGUGUUUUAAAAUGCAUUUUACACUAGUUCAGUUGUUUUGCAAUCAUUAGUUUUCAAAAAAUCUAAGAUCUGAGUGGCAGUGCGUGGCCGAAUGGUUACGCUGUCCGCUUUGUAAGCGGAUGAUUCUGGGUUCGAUUCCCAUCUGCUCCAACCUUCCAUCGGAUGAGGAAGUAAAAUGUCGGUCCCGGCCUUGGUUGUUAGGCCGUUAAGUCAUUCCAGGUGUAGGAGUCGUCUCCAUGCCAUAAGUACAAACAACACACCAAACCAAGCCUACUCCGGUGGAAUCGCUGGCGGCGGUUGGACUCGCAAUCCGAAGGUCGUCAGUCCAAACACUGGGGUGGAAGGUUCCUUGGAGUAUAAAGAGGUUUGGGUGCUCUCCUCAUUCAAGCCUUCGGACUCCUAGGUUCGAGCAGAAACUUGCAAUAGAGACCACAAAAGACCCGGGGGUCGUUAAUGUGGAUGGUUUGAUUUUUGAAGAUCUGACAAAAACAAAAAUUGAGCAUGAGCAUGAGCAUGAGAGAUCACCCAUGGUUGCCCCUCCGUUGCUGAACAGAACCGUAAUAUCCUUUCAGCACUACUGAUUAUAGGCUUCGACGAUCUAGUGGCGCUGAAAAGAUAAAACACCAUGAUUGCUAAAGCUAGAUCAGUUGCGAAUAGGUAACAGUCAUUGGUCACCAACGGCGCCCGCCAUGUCAGUUUGUAGACCUCGAUUUUAAGGGACGGGAAUGUUAGUUAGCGCAGGUUGCUACUAGGGCAGCUGAUUUACUCUGUGCUUACACCCCACGAGCGCCAGGAACCUAAAAAUUUGUUAGUAGGGAAGGGUAUUUGGUCAGGAUUCAUCAUAGAAGAUGAUGAUGCGACCCAAAAUCAUAGUGUUUGUUGAAAGGUAUUAUAUAUUAUUCUCAAGGCAAGCAAUCGGAUACUGCGGAUGAGAAAUUUCCCGUUUAUCGGUUGUUAAAUUUUUAAUGAAAUGGUUUAGUCUUAGACAGCCGGCUGUGGAAAGAUAGAACCAAAAUCAUUUGUAACUGUAAUGGAUGUAACUUUUAACUUGAGAUGAUUUUACGAGUUUUAAAUGAUUGAUGUUUAGUGAGGUACUGAUUAACGGUGCGAACGAUGAGAUUCGAUGUGUAUCGAGCUGAAAUUGUAUGAUAGGGUUUUGAUAGGGUCAAAUCGAACUGGCUAGCUGUCAUCGGGACAGCCAAAGCCAGCCGCACCUUCACACACACACACACACACGCACGCGAAAAAAACGAAAAACACACCGACGGCGGACGCGAAAAUUCAUACGACCCUACGGAAAGGAAUCGCAAAUCUGAUGGCUCAACUGUCAUCGGGACAGCCAAAGCCAGCCGCACCUUCACACACACACACACGCACGCGAAAAAAACGAAAAACACACCGACGGCGGACGCGAAAAUUCUUACGACCCUACGGAAAGGAAUCGCAAAUCUGACUCGAUCUGACAAAAACAAAAAUUGUAUCGAAAAAAAGAUUUUGCAUCGAAAAUUUUCAAAAAAUCUUAAGAUUUUUUAAUAAACCCAAAAAUGUUUUUAAACGCAGGAGAAUGUAUUUUAAUUUGAUUUCAGCUGGUUGCACUUGAAUUUUCAUUGAAAUUUUGAAGUUUAUUGUAAAAAUAUUUUUUUUGUCCCCUGAUUUUUCGGGCCAAUUUUGAAGGGGGGGGGGGGGGGUGGGGGGUGACAAAAACUUUUAAAAAUAUUUGUACCAGCCUAAACCAAAUUUCCAAUUUUUGCUUUUUGGGUGCUUUUGAAACCGUCCGGGGUAUUAAAAAACACCCAAAAAGCAAAAACUGAAAAUUUGGUGUAUUGGACCUUUAAAAAAACACCAGAUUUGUUCAUAUUUAACUAAAAUGUGGUUGCAGAUGCCGAAUUUGAUGUUAAAAACAAGCAAAUAAAACAUGCCGAUUUCAUUUGUUCCUGAUUCGAUUAUCCGAAGUCUAGGGGGGUGCCACUUAGGUUCCGGCAGGUUUCUCGGGUUUGAAACCGCUUGAUCGGCUCCAAACCCUCCAAACGCUCCGAAACUCGCUCCGAAUCCAAUCUGGAAGUCUGAACGUUUUGAGCUAAAAAAUCGUGAAGUUCACUCUACCGUGUACAAGCUGUCAAUCUUUGAUUUGUAAAACAAAACAAACGUCGUGUUUUUGUUUUCAUUGCAAAAAAUCUCGAAAUCGGAUUAUUUCUGCGCGUGUCCGCUGUGAUAGGUUACCACCCCUGCACGGGUUUACCAACCCUGCAUAGCUAAUUAGUUGCAACCCAUCAUUUACUGCCUCACACUUCAAUUUUAAUUUAUUGCCCUGCCUGGCUGAGUGAGCCACACACAGCCAGGCCCAGGACUCAAAUUACAUAACAAUCGGUUCAAUAUGCGCUGGCAUAACUGCUGUGCUUGCGCAUGGGACUGUUUCGGGUUGUACAAUUUUUCGGGUUUUACGGCAAAGUGGCCAUGCGCUGGAUAAUGCUGAUCCAGCGCAAAGGACACUUCGGGCCAUAAACAAAGAGAGCCAACUCCAGAUGUCUCCAAUGAGUAAACUCUACAAAUACGAUGUAAGAAAUGUAACCAAACUCAUAUAAAAGGGCCAGGAGCCACCAAAUAAAGGAAUUCUUUCUAGAACACAGACCAGAACUGUACAGUUUAGUGAUCGCUCCCAAGCCAGGCUUGAGGACACCGAUCUACUUCAGAUGACAGCCUAUGGUCCAAAAUUCUAAAGACCCUUUAAUAAAUCAAGGCUACAUGGCGACCGUGAGCAGCGGCUCGGACGCAACGCGCCGCGAACUUUAAAGCGAAUCGAAAUCACGAAAAAAAAAUCUGUGGAAAAGUGAAAAGUGAAAAUUUCGGUGCUAGUGAAAAUGGGUUGGUUCAGCGCAGACGAAAUCGUCGCAGUUGACAACAGUUCAACCCAUGACGCGAUCCAGUCGAUUUCAAUUGCACUGCUUGCAUUAGCAGCGCUGGCGUAUGGAAUUUUAAAAUUGUGCAACGCGCACCACCGCCACCAGUCCCAGCAAGUGGCUGAGCGAGCCAUUCGGAUGGCUAAUGUGUGAAAAAACAUCAAAAAGUGCUCAGAACUCCGGUGACCCCCAGUGAAAAGUGUUAUAGAAAAUGCGCGCAGAAAAUGACGAAAAACAAUCUAACAAACGAUUUACGGAAAAUUGAUCAGUGAACUGACCCACAUCGUGCGCGAGGCCGAUCGUCCAGGAUCAAAGACCAACAAGUACAGUAAAUAUGGAAACCAUUAAAAUCACAGUAAACGAAAACAAUGACUGAUAGUAGUUUCUAUGCUGUUGACGUUAUAAUUAGCAAUAACUCGAGGGUAAAGUUUUACAAACAGACCCAAGAACUAAAUUUUGUCUAGGUUUUUUUUCGGUGAAUUACCAGGAUCUUGGACACUUCAAAUAAUGGGGGAAUUUUCCAAAGCCAUCGUGUUGACCUAAUUUAUCAUCAUAGCACAAGUGCAAAGUAGAUAGUUUGAACAACGGUUUUAGAGAGGUACUGCUUAUCACAAAAACAACCAAGUUUAAGGUGAAACGGGACUCUAGUUCUUAGACAACUUCUGUUCAACUUGAAACAAUUGAGUAGUGCGGUGCCUGUGUGGACGCGCAGUCCUGUUUUUCGUGUUAUUUUCCGUCUCUUUUGUGUCGCUGUUCGAGUGCAUGGGGUGAUUGGCUAUUAUAAUUAAAUAAUGGCAUCAGUAGUGUGGUGCUUUUCGGGACGCGCAGUUCUUUUUUUUACCUUCUUUUUUUUCAUUGUUUUUUUUCCACUCACGUUCGUUGGCCGAUGAGUUUUUUUGUGUUGUUCUCUAUUUAUAGCUUUCUAUAAAAAAGUACCUAUUUUUUUUGAGACUAGCAAGUCGUAUUGCUGGAUUAAGCCCUUUCUAUAUCAUUUCAAUAAUCAUUUCAAUAAAUGAAGCCCUUCUUACAUCACCGUUGAUCGGAAGGCACGCCGACGGAGAAUUUCUGGAGAAUCGCGGUCGAAUUAAUACUAUAUUUAAAUCCCUAGAUAGCUAUCUUUCCGCAGCCGGCUGCCUAAGAUUUUUAAAAUUUCAACCGAUAAACAAAUUGCUUAUGGUCGCAUCACCUACCACAGUGAAUCCUGACCUCAUACCCAUCUUACUAACCCCUCAAAACUCAUGUGAUACUUUGUCGGAGACGCAGUCGAUUUGGCGGUCCCAUCACUCAAGUAUCGGACUAACAUUCCCAUCCACUUCCCCGUGUCUUACCUCUGGUCGUGGCCGGCGUCGGUAUUGAUCAGCAUGAUAGGGACCUUUGAAAAUUGCGAAGAGGUGAUGAUUGGUUCCUACUUUUCAUCUGUGGUCCACGGAGCAAUGUUUGGGGGUCCUGGUCAAUAACGGAGUAGCAGCUACGGGUAGACACCAAUGCUAUGCUAUGCUAUGCUAAACCAUUAAAAUCACAGUAAACAGAUUGAACACUACAUCAGUGCCAAUCAUCGUAAGAACGAAUUUAAAAUGUGUAAAAGGCCUGAUUCAGUGCCUCGUAAAAUGUGAACUUUUAACAAUACUGAGAAACUAUGAACAAUCGGUGUUAGUGGAAAAAACAGGAAAAUACAAUAAAAUAACUCUGGUGAAACCAAAAAAUUCGAAAGUGAAAAAUCUUUUGAAUCCACAAAGAGUUAUAAACCUUUUAACCACCAGUGACGGAAUCCGCACACAGCAAGAAUGUGCAAGAUUAAAAAUUGGAGGAAAAAUAUUCGCAGAACAUCAGUAAGCAGUUAAAAUGAAAUUUAAAACUUACGUAUCGCGAGUGAAACUCUGUGACUACGAAAUCUUACAUAAACUAGAAGAAAAGAGACGUAGAACGAUUUUAAAAUUACAAUGUGCAACGAAGAGUGUUGGGAAGACGCAAACUGUCCACCAUACAUUCCCAAUAUUGAAAACAAAAAAAUAAUAAGACAAACGCCGCCGCGAAUGACUAAGAGUCAAAAGAAGAUCUUUUACGAAAAAGAACGCCAACGAUGGAAUCGGCUAAGGGCAGCCGACCAGCAGCAACAACAGCAGCAGCAGCAUUAGCAGCAGCGAAACCAGGUGCAGCCGCGCCAGGAAAUAAACAACCGUAAAGGGGAGCGCGUUAUUGUUUAACGGAUGCAUAUCCUUACGCGGUGUUCGGCCCAAGCCGAAGUUUUGACCCAGUUUCGUGCUAAUUUGCCCAGUGUGCGCAACCCCACCCCUGCAUGGUUGACAGCUAGGCGCUGCCAACCUGACAGAACAAAAAACAACGGCGCGACAACGAAAGUUCGCGCGAAAACGAAGACAGCGAAACGGCGCGCAAAGAACAGUCGAAAAGAGGAUCGCGAAGAGAAAACAUCGACUUCUUGUAAAUAGCAUCGGAAAUAGAGAAAGUUUGUUGUUUUUUACGGAAGUGUCGCGUGUUUAUUUGUGCCGGAAACGUAGUCCACAAAGGCUUGGGUUUUUACAGUCCGCUCAAGUCGAAGGAAGUCCACAUCGCUCAGUUUACCGUUGCCAUACGCCGCAACAUUUGGUCCAUUCUAACCGGACAGAAGACAGUGGCCUACGGAUCGGCCAGUUCGUGUAGUGAGAGUGAAGAGUGGCGGCGGACCAGCCGGAUGGUCGCCAUCUUGAAAAAAAAAUCCAAAGAAAAGUUCAGAGUCGUGACGGACUUGAACUUCCCGCGUUCCUCCAGAGCUUCCUCCAUCCCGCGAUCGUCUCGAGUGCUCCGCGUGAAAACGUGCCGUGUAUCUGUGUCCUGCAGAACGACGGAUCGGAAGACGCUGACGGAAGGUCAGCGGACCGCGUCGAGCGAAAAAAAGUGAAACGGAGGUGGCCCCCUGGCCACCGGAAGAAGAACUGAAGAGAGUGCGCUCGGCGAGAAAACGGCACGCGCCGCCAUCUUGCCGUGGAAGAAGAGUGCUCUAUCGGGAUCCGGAAAAGUGACAGUUCUAGGGCUUUCCGGAAGGUGACUCCGUGGCCUAAGAACGGCGGAAAAAGUGGCGGCAAGAGCCCGCAAAAAGUGAAGAUGUCUUCGUGAAUCUGUGUCUGUGUGUAGUGCGCGAAGCGACGCCAUUUUGUGUUCCCAAGAGUGGAAAAUUCCAAUUCGCAGUACCGCUGCGGAUUUGGCGGUCGCUCCAGCUGCACACGACAGAAGAAGAAGUGGAACGUGGCCUGCUGCAAGCGUCAGCGGGGAAGGUUCCAGAAUCCAGCUGCGUCGAGGUCACAGCACUGAAGGAAAGGGCCUGCUGCAAGCGCCAGUAGGAAGGUUCCGGAAGGUGUGGCUGCGACGAGGUAACCCGAGAAGAAGAUUGUUGCCAAAUUGUUGCGCUUAAGCAAGUGCGACACCCCGAUCAGAAGUGUUUGAUUGCAAGAGCAGAAGAACCUGACCAGUGAUUCUCGCUGCACGAGCAGAAGAGACCCAGGAGAAACUUGUGCCAGGAAGCUGCAGCUGUCGUGUCGCCACGAUCGCGACCACGGUGGAGCAACUUAAUCCCGUGAGUACUAGAACCACCUAACCAAGAAGAUGAACCCAACCGGACCGAGAACCACAAAGCGCUUGGCCAACAAGCGACGCCAGGUCAAGGGUAAGAUCCUGCUACUUCAAAGCAGACUUACUGAACUGGAGGAAGAUCACCAACUGCCAUCCAUGCCGGAGUUCCGGGUGUUCGCGAAGAACAUCGAGCGAUACUACGGUGAGUUGGAUCAAGUGCUGCAAGAUGUGAAGGAGAGUGACCUUUUCGCUGACGAACGAGACGCCCAUGACUUGGAGUGCGCAGAAAUUGAGGGGUUACUCCAAGGAGCUAACCAGCGGAUCGUAGCCCUCAGUCGCGCACUGCUGUCCCAGCCAGUCCAAGCCAAUGAACAGCAAGCUCAGCCAUUAGCAGUCUCGCAGCAGGUUGCCAUCCCAACUUCGCUUUUCACGAGCGAGGCUCGUGGUGAAGGCGAGUGUACCGGUGACGGCGAUGUUCCGGAGAGAACCGACCCAGCUGCAGCUGAUGCUAAGGUAUGUGCCCCAAUCCAACUCCUCUCGAGCCCAUCCAACGCAACCACAGAGCGUGGCGACUCGUUGUGCACGCGGUGCAACGGUUUCCACUCGUGUACCGACUGCUUUGCACCCAUCAAAGUACCGCUCGGACAGAGUCCCGAGACGAACUCCAACCUGAAAGCCAACCAAAGCAUGCCAGAAAGAUCCCUCCAACCAGAGAAACCUCCUGCAGAGCAUCAAGAGAUGAAACCACCCGCCGAACCUGAAGUGGUUCGACACGAAGCCUCGACAAGAGUUCGAGGUGACGUCGACAUGUCCGGCGAUUCGGGCGUAACUCCUACGCUGCGGUCAGAAGAGCGGAUCCACGGUGACCUCGACGUUGGCUGGUGUCAGCCAGUGGAACUUGGUUCACUGCUACCAGCCGACGCAGAACGAGAAGACGCCGAGUCCGAUGACCCGCAAGCUGUUCCAAGGCCGGAGACAGCUAGACUGUUCGACGAAGAACCCGAUAUCGCCACGAACCAGGCAGUGGAGGACGAGAAAGUUCGCUCAUUGCAGCCUACCGACGCCGACGAAGUGAACGUCGAGGAACAACCGCUUCCAAGCAGUGAACAGCCAGUUUGCAUUGUACUUGCCGUCCAAGAGGACAAUGCCAAGAAGCCAAGCCACGAGAGUGAGACGUACAGCUGCCAGUUGAUCAACGCCAACGUCGCACGAUCAACCGAUCGCAACCACAACAGUAACCGUCCAGCCAGAAAAUUCGCAGAGAAGCUCCAGCAACCAGCAGUCCUCACCAAGAGCGAGAAGCAGUUACGCCUGGUUUGGGACCCGGGUGUUUAGCCGAGCUCUGCUCCAACAAUCAACCGACCGAAGAAUACCACCAGACCUAACGUAGCAGACGCAUCCACGAACUUGAACCACAAACGAAUUCUGGCGAGACGAGAGGUGAAAGGCCGAUUCACUUCCGGUGCGUUUGACUUUAGAAGUCACGAGACUUCAACCCGGGGGGAGAAUGUUCGGCCCAAGCCGAAGUUUUGACCCAGUUUCGUGCUAAUUUGCCCAGUGUGCGCAACCCCACCCCUGCAUGGUUGACAGCUAGGCGCUGCCAACCUGACAGAACAAAAAACAACGGCGCGACAACGAAAGUUCGCGCGAAAACGAAGACAGCGAAACGGCGCGCAAAGAACAGUCGAAAAGAGGAUCGCGAAGAGAAAACAUCGACUUCUUGUAAAUAGCAUCGGAAAUAGAGAAAGUUUGUUGUUUUUUACGGAAGUGUCGCGUGUUUAUUUGUGCCGGAAACGUAGUCCACAAAGGCUUGGGUUUUUACAGUCCGCUCAAGUCGAAGGAAGUCCACAUCGCUCAGUUUACCGUUGCCAUACGCCGCAACACGCGGUGUUUUCGGCAAUCUUCAAGAAGGGGAGCGCACAUAAGUGGCCGCAUACCCGAAUCAUCAACCUUCAAGAAGGGGAGCACACAACAGAGAUUGCAUACCCGCUAUAAUCUUCAUUUAAAUGUAUAAGAUAAGUAAUCUAGAUGACAGAAAAUUUAUUAGAAAAAACAUAUGAAGGUCUGGGGGUUAUUCUAAAUUUUUUUUCAAAAAACCCGAAUAGAAAAUAUAGGUCUAAGACCUUAUUAACGAAAUUAGAUAAAGCGAAAAGCUUAUAUCGCAUAGGACUUUCGGAAAUUGAAUAUUUGCCGGAGCAAAAACAAGCUCCGUUAACAAAAACUUUACGAUUUCUCCAAGGAGAAAUCAUAACAUUAAUAAAUGAAAAGCUCGAAAAACACGUCGAACCACUUUCAUUUAGGACACUAGUUAAAGCUAUAAUUACAUUAAACAGAUCAUAUGAAAAAGUUAAAAUGGCAAGUGCUGCCGAAAUCAUUCAAAUAGCUUCUACCCUCGUCCCUGAGUAUGACGGGCAGGGAGAUAAGCUAAAAAAUGUGACAAGUGCACUAGCUGCAUUGACACCACUCGUCACAGCAGCAACUGAACCAAUCGCAGUUCAGGUUGUGCUGACAAAAUUGACGAAAAAGACAACCCUGCUAACUUGGCUGAAAUCGUGACAAAACUGGAAGCUAAAUGCUCCAGUUCGGUUUCAUCCGAAACAAUAAUAAAUAAAUUAAAUAAAACCAAACAAAAUGGUUCUUUGAAAAAAUUUAUCGCAGAGAUAGAAGAACUAGCUGAUCAUUUGGAAGCAGCUCUUCUACUCGAAAAUUACUCUGUUGACCACGCGGGGAACAUAGCUCAUAAAACGGCUAUUAAAACUCUGCGUGAAGGUCUAAAAAAUGAACGCACUCAGUUAAUUUUAGAAGCUGGGACGUUCACGAGAUUAUCUGAAGCUACUGCCAAAGCAAUGGAAGUAGACGAUAAAUCUCAUAAUUUAAACAUAUUUUUCCAGCAGAAAAAUAAUCGCGGAAGAAAAUUUAAUAAUAGAGGAGGUCAACACCAACAGAAUAAGUUUCAAAAUGGAAAUAAUUUCAAUGGUAAUGGUAAUGGUAAUGGUAAUGGUAAUGGUAAUGGUAAUGGUAAUGGUAAUGGUAAUGGUAAUGGUAAUGGUAAUGGUAAUGGUAAUGGUAAUGGUAAUGGUAAUGGUAAUGGUAAUGGUAAUGGUAAUGGUAAUGGUAAUGGCAAUGGCAAUGGUGACAGAGGACGUUCUUCUAGAGGAAGAGGUCGAGGUCAACAUAACCAAGGCCAUUACAACCAAAAUCAAAACCAGGGGGCUGAUCGUCAAGUUUUCGUCAACAGGACGGAAAACGGUCAGAUCCCCCAACAGAACAACCAGGUUGGGGGACAAAGACAACAACCAAACCAACCAAACACAACAAUUGCCCAGGCUCACAACCAGCAAUAAAGCGGUUUUUUACAGCCAGCAAUAAUUUAAGUAAUUUUAUUAAUGUAAAAUUAGAUAUAUCAGACGCCAAAUGUACAUUUUUAGUCGAUACCGGCGCUGAAAUAUCCUUAUUAAAAAUUACGAAACUUUUUGGAUCCACUCCAAUGGACUCCGAAAAUAAAUGCACCAUAUCAGGUAUCAACGAUGAAGGUAUUCAUACGUUGGGAAGUACUUAUGGUAACAUAAUUUUUGAAAACAUAAAGGUAUCUCAAGAAUUCCAAUUAAUCAAUGAGGAAGUAACAAUCCCCACUGAUGGAAUUCUUGGAAGAGACUUUCUUACAAAGUACCAUUGUAACAUCGAUUACGAUACAUGGUUACUUUCCGGAACUGUCAAUUCGGAAAAAUUUGAAUUCGAAAUAAUUGACAACUUGGAAGGAAAUACUUAUAUUCCUCCUCGUUGUGAAGUAUUUCGAAAAGUAAAUUUACCAGAUACCAGGUCUGUGUAUUUAAUAAAAUCACAUCAGACUGACCGUGGAGUCUUCAUCGCAAACUCCAUUGUAGAUAGUAGUUUUCCAUAUGUAAAAAUUUUGAAUACUACUAAUAAAACAGUAAAGAUCAAUAAAAACUUUACUGAAAAUAUGACCAAUGUCGACAGUUUUGACGCUUAUAACUUUGGUCACGAAAUCAAAAAUAAACGUCAUAAAAAAUUACUGAUGUCGCUAAAACUGGAUAAAGUUCCCAAAAAAGCUAAAGACAAAUUAAUAGAAUUAUGUCGUGAAUAUAAUGAUAUUUUCUCUUUAGAAAAUGAUCAUCUCACCACGAAUAAUUUCUAUAAACAAAAAAUAAACUUGGAAGAUAGUCGACCAGUUUAUAUUAAAAAUUACCGAACUCCAGAAGCGCACAUUCAGGAAACAAACAAACAAGUGCACAAAAUGCUAAAUGACGGGAUUAUAAGACACUCAACGUCUCAUUAUAAUUCCCCGAUAAUGCUAGUGCCCAAAAAAACCGACAAUGACGAGAAAAAAUGGAGGUUGGUAGUGGAUUUCCGACAAUUAAAUAAAAAGAUUCUCGGUGACAAAUUUCCUUUACCAAGAAUUGAUGAAAUUUUAGAUCAUCUAGGUAGAGCAAAAUUUUUCACAACUUUGGAUUUAAUGUCCGGAUUUCACCAAAUUGAACUUGAAGAGGAAUCAAAAAAAUUCACAGCCUUUUCUAGUUCUAAUGGACACUACGAAUUCAAUAGACUCCCAUUCGGAUUAAACAUUUCGCCCAACAGUUUUCAAAGAAUGAUGACGAUUGCUUUGAGUGGAUUGCCACCAGAAUGUGCAUUCCUUUAUAUUGACGACAUUAUCGUCGUCGGAUGCUCAAUCAAUCAUCACAUCUCAAAUUUAGAAAAUGUUUUUUCCAAACUAAGACACUUCAAUCUUAAACUAAAUCCAGCAAAAUGUAACUUUUUCGGAACUGACGUGACUUAUUUAGGUCAUCAUGUCUCAGAUAAAGGCAUUCAACCGGACAAAUCAAAAUAUGAA